UUAGCAAUCCUGGCUAAUCCUUGGUGGACGGGUCAGGUUGGCCUGCCUGGCCUUGACUCUUCAUCCAAUUCACCUUCGUUAGGAAAAAUCAAUCGUGAGCUUUCCAUUAAUGAAACCAGCAACAGAAGCGGUGGAAGGGAUGAAGAUGAUGAUGAUAGAGAUACCGGAGAUGAGGCUAAAGAGGGUGCUGUUGAGGUUGGUAACCGAAGACCUAGAGGCCGGCCUCCUGGAUCGAAAAACAAACCCAAACCACCAAUUUUUGUGACUCGAGACAGCCCUAAUGCCCUCCGUAGCCAUGUCAUGGAAAUUGCUGGUGGUGCUGAUGUAGCUGAGAGUGUGGCACAGUUUGCUCGGAGGCGUCAACGGGGUGUUUGUGUGCUUAGUGGCAGUGGCUCCGUGGCCAACGUAACCCUAAGACAACCAGCAGCACCGGGUGCUGUAGUCGCCCUCCACGGUAGGUUUGAGAUUUUGUCCCUAACUGGGGCAUUUUUGCCGGGACCGGCUCCUCCUGGCUCUACUGGACUGACUGUGUACCUUGCCGGCGGACAAGGGCAGGUUGUUGGAGGAAGUGUGGUUGGAUCACUAAUUGCAGCAGGGCCGGUCAUGGUCAUUGCUGCAACUUUUGCUAAUGCCACUUAUGAGAGGUUACCAUUAGAGGAUGAUGAAGAAGCUGGAAGUGGUGGUCAGGGACACAUCCAAAGCGGAGCUAAUAAUUCCCCACCAGCGAUCGGAAGCAGUGGACAACAAGCUGGAUUGCCUGAUCCCUCAUCUAUGCCUGUCUAUCUGCCACCAAAUCUAAUGCAAAGUGGAGCUCAGCAAUUAGGGCAUGACGCCUAUGCUUGGGCACAUGCUGCUAGACCGCCUUACUGAUAGAGGAGCUAGCUAGAGAGGAGAUUUUCAUGAUCAGUGUGAUAUUGUGUUGUACUAAGAGGUAGGCGUUUAAAUUGGGAGGAAAAGAAGAAUACUAGAAUAGAGUUGUGAAGAGAAGAAAUCAUGCUAGCUUAUCAACGUAUAUUAAUUAAACUUCGCUUCGCUUUGCUUUGCUUUCUGUUAUGCAAUAAAAGGAUGAUUUCUGGCUUUUUAA